AUGUUUCGAAUCGCCCUCCUCCCUGCUCCCCUAGCAAGCCUCAGCCAAGAACUUUCCAAGAUUCGUGACGAGGCUGGCUCCGCCUGUAAGCGCACCCUUUAUCCUUCAAAUUCGCCGCUAGUCAUGGCCCAGUCGGGUUCCAAGGGCUCCUUCUUGAAUAUUUCUCAAAUGAUUGCCUGCGUGGGACAACAGAUCAUUGGAGGCAAGCGAGUACCAGACUCACUGAACGGUCGCAGUCUUAUCCACUUUCCGCCGGGUUCUCGAACGCCGGCCGCAAAGGGUUUUGUUAAAAACAGCUUCUACACCGGUCUGACGCCCUCUGAAUUCUUUUUCCAUGCCAUGAGCGGUCGCGAGGGUCUCACGGACACCGCUGUAAAAACGGCAGACACUGGCUACAUGCAACGACGAAUUGUCAAGGGUAUCACACCGUGUUACUCGGAACCUGCUAUGUCAGCGGAAGAAGUAGAAAUUGCCAUUGAUGCCGCUCUGGAGCUUCCAGCGUUCAAAGAUCUUGACGGAAUACUCUCGUCGCACAUCAAGUCAGUGGCGUCUGCUUCUUGA